AUGUCAUCUCCAGUUUGGCUCAUCACGGGUGCAUCCAAUGGCUUUGGCCUUGCAAUGUGCCUUCAUGUGCUACGUUCGGGCCAUCGUGUAAUCGGCUCUGUCCGCAGUAAGACAAAAGCCGCCGCUGCAGUGGAGCAGAUCGAGAGAGCUGGAGGCUUGGUGACGGAGUUAGACAUGACUGAGUCCCAGGCGAGCAUUGCGAGCAAAAUCCAUGCUCUUGGUCGCAUUGACUAUCUGAUCAACGUUGCUGGCUACUCGAUCCUGGCCGCCUGUGAAGAAAUCACCGACGAAGAAGCAACUCUACAAAUGACGACAAACUUCUUCGGCCCACUGUAUACUAUGCAGGCUGUCCUUCCUGUGAUGCGCGCCCAGGAGUCCGGGACUAUUGUCAACAUCUCCAGCGGUGCCGCUCGGGAUCCCCUACCGGCGUGCUCUUUAUACAGUGCUUCAAAGGCCGCGCUAGAGGCUGCCUCCGAAGCGCUUGCCAAGGAGGUGGCGCCUCACAACAUCCAGGUGCUGAUUGUCGAGCCCGGCAACUUCCGCACAAAUUUUGUCGACGCGUUGGCCAACGCAAGUCCCGACCCUGCCGCCGUUCCUCCUUACUAUGAUGACCCCGUGGGCAUAGUUAUGCGCAAGUUCCUGACUGUCCAUGGAAAACAGCCUGGCGAUCCCCAGAAGGGAGUAGAGCGCAUCUUCGAGGCAGUCACGGGCACUGGAAUGGCCGGUCCCUUGAUGGGCAAGGUCACUCGACUGGUGCUGGGGAGCGAUGCAUAUGCGCGCAUGCAGAAGAGUUGUGAAAGAUUCGCCAACGAUUUGAGCUUGCAGGGGGAGGUUGCGCACAGCACUAAUUAUGAUUAA